GGCAAUUGCUCAUCCGUGAUCUCCCUCUGAUCUCCUGCCUUCUUCUCUCUCUCCCCCCCCCUCUGCAGCUGGCGUUAGCCAUAGCAGACCUGGCCUUGCAGAUGGCUUCGUGGAAAGGCUGCGUGCACACCUUGGUUGAAAAGUACAAUAAUGACGUGUCAUCCCUCCCCUUCCUGCUGGAGAUCCUAACGGUGCUCCCAGAAGAAGUUCACAGCCGGUCCUUGCGGAUCGGUGCCAACCGGCGCACUGAGAUCAUCGAAGAUCUGGCCUUCUACUCCAGCACGGUGGUCUCCCUCCUGGUGACCUGCGUGGAGAAAGCCGGGAGCGAGGAGAAGAUGCUGAUCAAGAUCUUCCGGUGCCUGGGAAGCUGGUUCAACCUGGGUGUUUUGGACAGCACCUUCAUGGCCAACAGCAAGUUGCUAUCCCUGCUUUUUGAGGUUCUGCAACAGGACAAGACCUCGUCCAACCUGCACGAAGCCGCCUCGGACUGCAUCUGCUCCGCCCUCUACGCCAUCGAGAACGUGGAGACCAACCUGCCCCUCGCCCUGCAGCUCUUCCAGGGUGUCCUGACCCUGGAGACGGCCUACCACAUGGCCGUGGCCCGCGAGGAUUUGGACAAGGUCCUUAAUUACUGUCGGAUCUUCACCGAGCUCUGCGAGACCUUCCUGGACAAAAUCGUUUGCACCCCGGGCCAAGGUCUGGGGGACCUGCGGACUAUAGAGCUGCUCUUGAUCUGUGCGGGACACCCCCAAUACGAGGUGGUGGAGAUAUCCUUCAACUUCUGGUACCGGCUGGGGGAACACCUCUACAAGACAGACGACGCCAUCAUCCACAGCAUCUUCAAGGCCUACAUUCAGCGGCUUCUUCACGCCCUGGCCCGGCACUGCCAGCUGGACCCCGACCAUGAAGGGAUCCCCGAGGAAACAGAUGAUUUUGGGGAGUUCCGGAUGCGAGUCUCGGAUCUCGUCAAGGAUUUGAUCUUCCUGGUUGGCUCCGUGGAAUGCUUUGCCCAGCUUUAUGCCACUUUGAAAGAAGGCAACCCGCCCUGGGAGGUGACGGAAGCCGUCCUCUUCAUCAUGGCCUCAAUUGCCAAGAGCGUUGACCAAGAGAACAAUCCCACCCUGGUGGAAGUGCUGGACGGAGUGGUGCGCCUUCCUGAAGCCGUUCACACGGCCGUGCGCUACACCAGCAUCGAGCUGGUGGGGGAGAUGAGCGAAGUGGUGGACAGGAACCCCCAUUUCCUGGAUCCGGUCCUGGGCUACCUGAUGAAGGGCUUGUGCGAGAAAGCCCUCGCCUCCAUCGCCGCCAAAGCCAUCCACAACAUUUGCUCGGUGUGCCGGGACCACAUGGCCCAGCACUUCACCGGACUGCUGGAAAUCGCCCGCUCCCUGGACUCCUUCAUGCUCUCGCCCGAAGCAGCUGUCGGACUCUUGAAAGGGACGGCGUUGGUGCUCGCCAGGCUCCCGCUGGAGAAGAUCUCGGCCUGCCUCAGUGAACUUUGUGCCGUUCAGGUGAUGGCCCUGAAAAAGCUGCUAUCUCAGGAGCCGAGCAACGGCCUCUCCUCUGACCCCACCGUGCCCCUGGACCGCCUCGCUGUCAUAUUUAGGUAA